UCCUCCCCGACCGGCCUCCUCCCGUGCUCUGGCCGCCCCUGCGAUCCUUUGGGGGCUGUGGCUGGGUGGGAAACCGCCGACCCACGAUAGGAAACGCUCCUUUGCGGCCGCCGGGCGCACCCUGGGGCCUCUCCCGGCGCGGUCACCAUGUCGCGGCGCGAAGCAGACUGGAGGACGAACCCUUCCGCGGCCCCACCUCUGCGGUCCAGUCCCCGUCGCUCGGAAUCGGAGCAGGGAGGGGGCGGGUGUUUCUCUGCGGGGGAGUGGGGAGGAAGCUGGGCGGGUUGCGCGCGGUGCCCCGGAGCCUGGAACAGAGGAGGGCGCGUAGGUGUUGGGCGCCGCGCGGGCAGAGGGGUGUCGCACUGCCGCGGGGAGCAGAGGCGGGGCACCCGGGCUCGUCGGGAGGCUGGGGCCGGUGGCACUCAGCUGGGCGAGGGUGGGGGCGAAGCUCUGUGGUGGGGGGAGGAGGCUCCGGCCGGGGUCUCCACUCUAGGCCGGGGUGGGGGGCUCAGCGCGGCCGCCGGAGCGUUCAGCAGGGGGCGCUGCUCCGGGCGUUGGGCGGGGGUGGGGUGGGCCAGGAGGGGGGGCCGCGGCUGGCUGCGCACACUUCCCCCAUUAUUAAACACUAUGUUCAAAAGGCGCCGGGGGACUUCCCGGAGCCACGGAGCCCGAGCCGCCCGCCCGCCCGGCCCACGGAGCCCAUGGACCUGAGCGCCGCCGCCGCGCUGUGCCUCUGGCUGCUGAGCGCCUGCCGCCCCCGCGACGGGCUUGAAGCGGCUGCUGUGCUGCGAGCGGCGGGGGCUGGGCCGGUCUGGAGCCCGGGGGGCGGCGGCGGCGGCGGCGGCAGCGGCAGCGGCAGCGGCGGGCGGACUCUCGCCCCGGCUGCGGGUGCCGCGGCUGUCUCGGCCGCCGCGGUUCCCCGGGCCCGCGCCGCGCGCCGCGCCGCCGUCUCCGGCUUCAGGAACGGCUCGGUGGUGCCGCACCACUUCAUGAUGUCGCUUUACCGGAGCCUGGCCGGGAGGGCUCUGGCCGGGGCAGUCGCUGUCUCCGCCUCGGGCCAUGGACGCGCGGACACGAUCACCGGCUUCACAGACCAGGCGACCCAAGACGAAUCGGCAGCCGAAACAGGCCAGAGCUUCCUGUUCGACGUAUCCAGCCUUCCCGACGUAGACGAGGUGGUGGGUGCAGAGCUGCGCGUGCUGCGCCGCGGAUCUCUAGAGCCAGGCCGAGGCAGCUCGACUUCCCCGCCUCUGCUGCUGCUGUCCACGUGCCCGGGCGCAGCCGGCGCGCCACGACUGCUGUACUCUCGGGCAGCUGAGCCCCUGGUCAGUGAGCGCUGGGAGGUGUUCGACGUGGCGGACGCCGUGAGGCGCCACCGUAGUGAACCGCGCGCCCCCCGCGCGUUCUGCCUCUUGCUGCGCGCAGUGGCCGGCCCAGUGCGGAGCCCCUUGGCACUGCGGCAGCUGGGCUUCGGCUGGCCGGGCGGAGGGGGCUCGGCUGCAGAGGAGCGGGCGCUGCUAGUCGUCUCCUCCCGCUCGAAGAGGAAAGAAAGCCUGUUCCGGGAGAUCCGCGCCCAGGCCCGCGCGCUCGGGGCCCUUCUGGGCGCAGAGCGGCCGCCCGAUCCAAGACCUGGCACCGGAUCACCAGGAGCAGUCAUUGGCGGCCGCAGGCGGAGGAGGACCGCCUUAGCCGCUACGCGGACAGCGCAGGGCAGCGGCUCGGGCGCGGGCCGGGGCCAAGGGCGAAGGGGCCGGAGCCGCUGCAGCCGCAAGCCGCUGCACGUGGACUUCAAAGAGCUGGGCUGGGACGACUGGAUCAUCGCGCCGCUGGACUACGAGGCGUACCACUGCGAGGGCGUUUGCGACUUCCCUCUGCGUUCGCACCUCGAGCCCACCAACCAUGCCAUCAUUCAGACGCUGCUCAACUCCAUGGCGCCAGACGCGGCGCCGGCCUCCUGCUGUGUGCCCGCGCGCCUCAGCCCCAUCAGCAUCCUCUACAUCGACGCUGCCAACAACGUCGUCUACAAGCAAUACGAGGACAUGGUGGUGGAGGCAUGCGGCUGCAGGUAGCGCGCGGGCCGGGGAGGGGGCAGCCGAGGGGCCGAGGAUCCCCAGCUGAAGAGCAGCAGCGAGCCAUCCUGUCACCGAGCGUGGGUGCAUGGCCGAUGUGACUCAGAGCCCUCGCGGAGGAGGAAGAGCACACGUUCACACUCACACACACGCGUGCGGUCAUGCACACAUUUACCGUGGACAGCAUCUGAAAGCCUUGGGAAGAGAUGACCUGCUGGUACCGAAUGUCAAAGCUUGUGCAUUUUGCAAACAGAUAACCAUGGCGCCCACUGCCCCACUUGGGGAGAGGAAGGUGUUUGUGCUGAUGUUGCAGUAACAGGCACGAAAAUCAGGUAGAAACGGGUUAGGAAAUUGGGGGCUCCAGAAUGGGAGAUCCAAAGGGGUACUCCAGCAUGCUUUAUCUCACCCCUUUUUGCUUCUGGCCAGUGUGGGCAUCGCUCUGCCCGGUGGCUGGGCGGGCGCUGCAUGGUGCACUCCGUGACCAACUGCAAGGCCGUAGUGUCCUUUCCCAGGGUUUGUGUUGCAUGGGGCCGUUUACUCUGGAAAGGAACUGCUGCAAAAGCAUCUUUUUUUUUUUCUAACUUUUAAAAUUUAACAUGCCCCUGUUUGAGUUUUGAAAGGGAAGUUUUGUCUGAAAGAGUGUGGAGCUUCCCAGAUUUCUGCAAAAGUCGGUACCGUCCCCCCCCCCUUUUUUUUUUAAAUCAAUUCUAAUUGGAAAUGUUCUGGAACGUGGAAAGGACAUUUUUCAUUUUGUAGGAAAGUGAAAUGGGGGAGGGGUUUAAACGGCUGAGUCUGAUCUAACAGGCUAUUGGGAAAGGGUAGGCUCUGCCAGGUUGGAAGCUCCCCAGCUGAUCAGGGAGGUGGUAGCCAUGCCUUGGGGUGGCUCAGGAGAAAGUUAGUGCAAUGGCCGGAACCGAGAAGGUGGGGCUGGGAGAGGGGAGCUACUUGCUUUUCCCAAACCAGCCAGGGGGUUUUCCUAAGAAGCCCUUGAAGAGGCUCUCAGGGCUUGAGAGGCAGGGGGUUGUCCUGGGGCCCACUCCAGCCGAGGACUCCAGCUGUCGGCCAGGUAGGUGCAUGCUCCCAGGCGCCGACUCGACUCCCGCUAGCGCUAGCUAUCAAGUCGGCCUCUGCUUUUACCUGCCUUCACUGUGUUGUUGCUGUAGUUUUUGGCAGAGAAGUGAAGCCACACAAAAGUGCUUUUGUCAGAUUUCACCUCCCAUCCCCGACCUUCAGAGCAGGAGGAAGGUCUGCCCCCUCCCCUCAUCAGCUCCCUGGCUUGGCUGCUGUGCCCUUCGAAGGGCCAGGCCUUGGUGUGGGAGAGCAGAGGUGGAAGCCUGUCACCUAGUGCCCAUGUUUUGCCCCGAAGAGUCUUAUCGAUGGAAGGAUUUUCUAGGCAUGUACAAGUGAGUUCAAACAUUCAGCCUUCACUGAUUUGUUUAUGCCUGGGAAUCCUUUGUGGCUUUUUGUCCAUAGGUUGGGAGAGGGAAGAGAAACCAGUUGGACUCCACUUGACUGGGGCUCCCAGGGCUCUUAGAAUAAGCCCCACAGCCCUCCCAGAGCCUCUGCCUGAUGCUGUGCAGGACUUUCCCCUUCAGAGUCCUGUGGAACAUGAAUUCCACCCUGUGUCGGAUGCAGGACAAUUCAAACACAUUUUGAUUCUCAGUGAUCACACUCUUGAGAGAGAGAAGACAGACUUACGAUUUAGAUACAGCUAAUGUACUUAAGGGCCCCACCUGCAUCACUUUUCAUCCUGUAAAAUUCUCCCAAAAGAAAAAAAAUUGCACGUGUAAAUUACUCUUAAAAUGAAGAUUUCCCCCCUCCUAUUAUGUGAAUUUAUAUUAUGCAGCGGUAUGAGUAGAUAUCAAUAACCAGAAAAUGAACAGUCUCUUCAGGUUAAAAAAUUUUAAAACAUCCAAAAGUGGCUGCACUGAUACAAUUCCAUCUUAUUUUAGUGACUGGGCAAAGAUGGUCCCUUAAUUUGUGGAUUUUGCCAGAGACACCUCACUCCUGUUUUUUAAACAAAGCCUGUCAUAAUGAAGAACUAUUGAAAAAAAAAACACUAAAGUGUUAAAAGUUGUAGUACUAGAAGGUUUAGAAAGAAGUUAAUGACAAAGUGCAGUUAAAUGUUAUUUUGAAGAUAUUCUAGGGUAUUCAGUAUCUUUGCAUAAAAACAAACAUUUUGAUACUUUUUUUAGUGACGAGGAAAAACACUUUUUUGG